AUGCUUGCUUACGCUGGCCCGCCUGCUUCUGCAAUGCCUACUCCAGAGUGGGGCGCUGCUGUGCAUGAGACGAUAAGAAAGCCUAGUAAUGUUCCGAGCAACAUGUUCCCAGCCCCGUACGCACCAUCGAUGAAAGAAUUUGUUCAGAGAACAGCUGGUGAGAAAUUAGGAGAGAAUCAGCCACCCUCGAUUGCGUCUUGGGGUGACGAUAGGAAAGAUCACACUGUCAAGGCUUCUUGGGGCAAAGAACUUGAAAAGGAUACCGGCUGGGGUAACAGCAGUGACAACGGUUGGCAAGAUAAGAACCCAAAGCAGAGUGACAAGAAAGGCUGGUACUCAACCGACGACGACCAGGCCGGAGGCUGGAGCAAGACAGAUGAAAAUAAGAAGACUCAAGCGGACAGUGACUGGAAUAGGAAAGACAACGGCUGGGACAACCCCCCAUCCUCACCAAAACAAGAGCGAGUCGACAAGAUGAACGACUGGGCCGGUCUCAAAUCCGCCUUGACAUCCGCUUUUGCCAACCCACCAGCCCCAGCACCAGCCCUAGCACCAGCACCAGAAGACGCCUGGCCUACCCAACCAUGGAGUUUCCCCGCCGACAACGCCGUACAGCCUGUUAUUCAACAGCCUGUGAGCACACCUGUUACCUCCGCCCCAGUACCACCUGUACCUGACAGGAUUACUCCACCCAACCGACGCAUGAGCAACAAAACGCUCUCAAGAUACCGUCCCAAUCACAACUUCCCCUCCCGCAUCCAUCCCAAACCCACACCAAACUUCACGGCUCAACCACACUGGCAGUUCCCUCCUCCAUCCACGUCUACACCCAAGAACGUCCUGCGUACCACCUCCUCAGACUCCACAUACAUCGCCCCCGCAGAACCACGUCUCACCAUCAGCAAAUCCACGUCCAGCAAAAGCGGUAUCAAACACGCCGUCCGCGCGGGUAAAGCAACGGAGUACGGUCACGUAGUUGGUCGACCGGAGUAUCUAGAUCGUUUGGAGAAGCCGUAUGCGGUGUUUCGGUUCAAGUAUCGGAGUGAGGGGGUGUUGAAGGGGUUGGGUGUACUUGGGGAGGGUGGUGUGGAUGGCAGUAGUGGGGAGAAAGAGAAAGCAGAGAAGUUGAAGAGUGUGCCGCAGGAGGAGUUGAUUGCGAAGAUGUUGGCUUUGGAGAGGAAGUUGAAGGGUAAAGAUGAUGGGGAGGGUAUUACUGGUGGUGGGAAGGAGAGGAAACACAGUAAGACUCACAUCGAUAAGGAGAAACAGAAGUCGAAGCAGAGGCGGUCGAGUGAGAAAACGGAUGUGCGUGGCGAUGGCCGGAUCAAGAACUUUACAGAGCAGUGGGUGGAGCGGCAUUCGAGAGAUCCGAGUGUGAAGGCGAAGAGUGCGGUUGCUAAGGAGGUGGGUUGGGAGGGAGAUAAGGAGAGGAAGGAGAAGGAAGUAGUGGGAACGUGGGGACAGGAUGCGAAUGAGGGAUGGGGAGGUGGAGAUGUGACAUGGUAG